AAUGGUGAACGUACGAAUAAAAGAGCUACCAAAGGCUCAAGGAUCGCCAAGGACGGAGGUAGGAGAGAUCGACACCAGGGCGCCAUUUCAAUCUGUAAAAGCUGCUGUCAGUUUAUUCGGGGAAGUUGCUUUAAGUAGGAGGAAGCCUAACGUCAGGAGAUCAAAAUCUUCAGAGAAUGUGAUAGACAAGGAGACACAACUUCUCUUGGCCCAAAAACAAUUCAACAAGAUUAAGCAAAAGCUUGGGAGUGCUCAAACUACCAGAGUUCGAGCACUUACUGAACUCCAAUGGGCAAAAAGAACCAUGGAAGACUUGACUAACAGGCUUGAAACUGUAAGUGAGUCCAAGAAAUCUGCCAUUGAGGCUACGGAGGCUGUGAAGAGAAAGGGAAAACUACUAGAAGAGCAAAAAUCUCAGAAACACUUGGGAAACGUGGUUCGGAAACAUGAAUUGCAGCAAGCAAGAGAGCAGUACUUGGCCACUGCUGCUGAGCUUGAUGCAGCAAAGCAAGAUCUCAAUAAAAUCCGGCAGGAUUUUGAUUCAGCUUUGGAAGCAAAAUCCGCUGCAUUUCAACAAGCUGCAGAAGCACAACGUUCGGCUAAUAUGAACGCGGAGAAGGUUAGUGAAGUUUCAAAGGAAAUCUCUGCAAUGAAUGAAUCUGUUCAACAAUUAAAGCUCGCCUCUCAACAAGCUGAACGAGAGCAGGUGAAGAUUGCUGCCGAAAAAGAAACUCGAAUUCAAACUUGUAAAGCCGGCAAGGAUGAAGCAGAAAAACAGCUGCUAUCUUUGAAGAAUGAAUAUGAUCCUGAUCUGAGCGUAACCAUUGAAGCAAAGCUCGCAGAAAUAAAUGCUGAUAUUGAAGUUCUACAGGAGGAGAUGAAAAAUGCUCAUGCCUCCGAAAUGGGUUCUGUGAGAGGGGUAACCACAGAGCUCAAUGAGGCCACAAGGACAUUGCAAGAAGUUACAGAAGAAGAAAGCUCUCUCCAAAGCUUGGUGAGUUCUCUUAAGCUUGAAUUGGAGAAUGUGAAGAGGAAACAUGCCGAAUUUCAGGAGAAGCUAGCGGCUGCAGAAGAAAAAGAAACGGAUCAGCUAUUAUUGGUAGCUGAAAAUGCACGCCGGGAAGCUGAAGAGCUGCAGGGUACUACUGAAGAGCUCAAGCACGAAGCUGAAACUGCACGAAGCAGAACAGCGGAAGCAGAAGCAAAGCUGCAACUUGCAUUACAAGAGGCUGAAGUGGCGAGAGAGUCAGAGAAGAGAGUCCACGAUGGGAUUAAGGUCUUGAGCGAAACACAACCAACGCCACGGCCAGAUUCUCCUGCCAAGAUUAAGAUUUCAAGGGAGGAGUUCGAAUCUUUGAAGGGAAAAAUGGAGGAAUCCAGCAAUUUAGCAGAAAUGAAAGUUGCUGCUGUGAUGGUACAACUAGAGAUAAUCAAUGCAAACAAAGACGAAGCAGAAGAUAAAUUAGAGGCAGGUUUGAAAGCAAUAGAGGAAAUAAAGGAAGCAACAGACAUCGCUUUGAAGGCGGCUGAGAACGCCUCAGCUGCACAACGUAUGGUUGAAGGUGAACUCCAGAAAUGGUGUGAAGAAGAGGAAACAGUAGCUUAAGCUGCUCUCUGCAUAGAGCCAACCGCCAGCUUGACGGCCAACCGUGAUCUAUUUCUCUUCGCCCCUUUCCCCACUUAUGCAUGAAAAAAAAUAUGCUUCCUGCAUUCUGGAAGAUAUAGGGAGGUCAUCAAAAUCAUUUCUUUUGCACAUUGAUAUGAUAUAAAUGCACAUUCAAAGAAGUAUGGUAUGAACUCUUUCUGGCUCUGUCAAAAACCUUAUGCAACUGCAACUGAAGGCUAAAUGAAAUAACAAAGCCUGCUUUGCUUUGCAAUUGUGGAUCUCUUGGUGUUUGCUUGAACCAAUUAACCAAUAGGUGGAGAUAGCACUCGAUAUCUUAUAGGUCUGCUUUUCCGUUGAUAAAACUUCAGAAGGAUACCACGUCAAUUGUUGGGGUAUAGUGCAGUGAAACAACACCGAGAUAUUUCAUCUCAAUGAACAAUAUCGGAAAACAUACAACCGGGACAAAGGUAAAGCAACUAACAAGCAAUAACUAAGCACACAAGGAAGUAAAUACGCAAGUAGAGAAAAGGAGCACAUGGAGAUUUACGUGGUUCAGCUAUUUCAAGCCUACAUCCAUGGGAUUGCGAGAAUAUUCCACUAGUUGUAUAAAUCGAGCCUCUUGGACAACCUCAAGUUUGCUCAAUCAAGCUUCGAUCACCCCCUCUCAAGAAUCUCUUAUAAGAACCUGAGUAAUGGAGUCAAGUGAGCAUGGUUAUCGUGCUUGGUAGUAUUACUUGGUGUGGUAGUUGGUUUUAUUAGUGAGUAGUAUAGUAUAUUACAUGCCACGUGUAUUAAGUCGGUUACAAUGCCAGGUUGUUAGUAUAAGUGGCGAUUUUGCAUCUCUGUAUGAUUGGCAUGUUGAAUAAUGAA